AGGGAGAAGUGCUGCUUGAUAUCAAAUAACCCCCCUCCUCUUUGACAUCCCUUCCCCCUGUUACGUUCAUCCCAGCUUUAGUAGAGGGGGAGAGAAAAGAAUAUGAAGCGUAGAGACCGCCACCAUCGCGCUGAAAUCGCCUGGUGCCGUUCUAUCGUUGCGGAUCCCACCAUCGCAGCGGAAUCGGCGCAGCAGAGACAAACGGCUCGCCUCCGCCCCUCAACAAUAUAGUUCACCCUGGCAAUAGAAAAUCUACUUAUUGUUUCGCGCUCGGCAUACUCCUACCAUCAGUUUGCGAGUUCCGGCGGUCAAAAAGCACACGCACGACAUUUCGCUAGGAAUUUGCGAAAACUUGGUCAGAAGAAACUUGGGCAUCAGUAGAAAUUGGGACCACAAUUGAGGGAAAUUCUAGUGCCGGCCUUUCUGCCUACCAUCAACAUUUACACGACACGUAAUAAUCGGGUGCGUCGUGUGCCGCCAUGUUGUCGUGCCGAACGUGAACCCCACCGAUAGUCUGCUGCCAUCCUUUUCUUGGAUUUCUUCAAAUUCCGGUUUUCCUUCUGCGCAACGAGAAGAAAAUCUAAAUUCUCCGGUUCGUUUUCUACGUUAACUAGCCUACUAAACAUUGAUGAAAUUACACGCCUUCAUGGAUCAUCAGAACGUCGGAUGGCCGGUGUUCCGGUGAUGCCGGCGGACCACAUCGAUUCCAAUGCAGCGGCUGAUUUGGACAUUGGGAGAAAGAUGACGACUGAUUAGCCAAUCGAAUGGUCUCGGCUGGCCAUCGCCAUUCGUUGCGUCAUCGCCAUCAUCACCGUUUCAAAUUCAUUCACGGCCAUAAUCGAAAGGACGAGGAAUACUAUUGUGACUACGUGCUGCUGGGCAACCGACUCGUCCGGCAGCAAGCCGCUACAAGUUGCGGCAAGAGCAACCGGAACGCAUCACUGGCAACCAUCAGCGAACACGACGAGCGAAGGAAGAAGAAAGGACAGGACGAGAAGACCGCCAUGCUCUGUUGCGGAAGGAAAAAGGAUGGGCAUAAGGAGCAUCCGGUGGAGAUGGCGGCUAGCCCACGUCGUCAAGGAGCCAAUGCUGCGGCAUCUGAGGCAGUUCCGGGCUCGUCCGCUGGUCCUGCCCCAGGAAAUCCGUCAUCUCAUUACCAAACUACUGUAGGCGGAUCAGCAGGAGGUGGCAUGCAUCCACUUUCAUCCGUCGCCGCCGGCACCCUGGGAACAGACCAUCGGCUAGCUCCUCAUUCGUCCCCUGCCGCAGGACUUCGUUCCAUGGUCGUCCAGAGUGACUUUCGCAAAGUAAGCGGCAUAUCGACCGAGAUCUUCCGACAGAUCGAAACGGUGGAAAAUGACCAUAACGACGCUACAACGGCCGCCGCUCUGGAGGCCGUCGAAAGGCGAGGUGAAAUGCUCGUCCGCGUCCUUGAUCCGCGCCAAAUGGGCAGAGCCGCCUCCGAAGCCGCUCGCUCUUUUCUCACCGUCCAAGAUCCAAAGUACUCUGUGCAUUUUGUGGAAAUUGUUAAGCGACCGGGCCAAACGCUAGGCCUCUACAUCCGUGAGGGCAACGGCAUCGAUCGAUCCGACGGCGUCUUCAUCUCACGCAUUGCUCUCGAGAGCUCUGUCUACAACUCCGGAUGUCUCAGGGUUGGAGAUGAAAUCCUGGCCAUCAACUUGGUGGAUGUGACGCGGAUGAGCUUGGACGAUGUCGUCAUUGUCAUGUCCAUCCCGCGACGGCUAGUGCUGACUACCCGACAAAGAAGGGGUCCAGCCGGAGCAGUUUCACCCCCUCCGCCACGCCCGGAACAGAAACCACCUCCUGUUGUUGUGCUGAAGAGAGGAGUGCAACCGGAAGAGCCUCCCGAUAACGAUUCAACCAGCAAUUCAAAUAGUAACAAUGGAGAUCGCUUCCAGCAAUAUCCAUAUUCCGGAGGACUUGGACCUUCCAGGUUCUUGACGACUGGCAAACCGUUGCCCGGCAUGGCAGAUUUACCCAUUCACGGCACUUUCCCGCGUGGCAACCGUGAAAGAACGGAACAGCAGCAACGCGAUCUAUUCCGGGAACGCGAAGCGGGAAGGUAUCCCGAGAGAGCGGGAGAUGAUUCUAUCCACUCCAGCAUUCGUCAGCAACAACAACAACAGCAGGAUGCGAUGGAUAAUUACUAUAGCAACUACCGAAUGCAGGAGCAGCAGGAGCAACAACAGCAACAACAACAACAACAACAAGCAACAACAACAGCACAACAACAGCAGCAGCAGCAGCGUUACGUUCCUGGACGACAAGGCGGAACACUGGAACGACCUCAACAUCCCAAAAUUGGGGGCGGUAGUGGAGGUGGCGAAGGUAUGACGCAUCAAAUUGACUCAUACCAUCCCCCACCUCCUCUGCCCGUGACGGAACAGCCCAAGCCCGGAAUGUCAAACAUAAAUUCCUCCUCGACCACCUCCACCCACCAUUUCCAACACCCGUUCGACCGGUCGACCGGUUUCGGUCCUAAAACUUUGGAAUCUUUGGCAGAACGGGUCCAUCCAUUUUAUGGACUGUCGAUCGGCCCGCCCGGAAGUGGUCCCGGAUCUCUUGGUCAGCAUCAGACGGCUACCCUUGGACGAUCGUCGACCCUGGGCAGAUCUCACAGGGUCGUGGGAUCGGGCGGUCCAGGAUCCACCAUGUCCCUCAUGCGCGGUACCGGAAACCGAUUGACGCGCAGCGGAAGCGAUCAGAGGCUGCCCGUCGUCGAGCAGAGCAGCGGUACUGACACGUACGGCUAUGCAAGAGGGAAACUUGGACUUGCCGGAAGCGGAUCGAAUUAUGCCACAACCGGGCGAACGCAACAGCAGCCGGAUGCCGCAACCCGACUAGGUUUGACGCAUCGGCGCAGGACGUCUGUCGACUACGCCUCGGACACGGAGGCAUCCAUCCGGAGCUAUAGCCACUCCGCACGGAGAGGAUUCUCGGUGGAAGGGUCGUCGGGCAGCUGGAAAGCUCCCCCGCCCCUUUUGGGUUUGGGUAUCACGCCAACCACACCUACUGCCGGAGGAUUCCAGCCGACGCAGCCGGAUUCUAGGUCGAAUUCUCUCCCUCGUGAUCGAGGAGGAAGCGGUCCGACUGGUUCUAGCAGUCGCUUCCGGCGUGAAGUCCAUUUCGAACAAACGAGCACGUCGAUGACGAGGCCGUCUGUGUCAAGCAUGCUGGACAACACUGAUGACAGUGACGGCGCCGUUUCGGCGCCGGAAAUGACCGUUUCGCAGAAGCAGAAACAAUUGCAAAGGCUGAGCCAACAACAACAACACCUGCAACAGCAGCAAUUGCUUUACAGCCGAGGAAUCUUGCCCGGUGCGGCCGCACCGCUCUCUAGGCUGCCCGGUGGCGGGGGCAUCGGCAUGACGGGCAACUUCACCGCCGCCGAAUACAAGGCCUGGAUGCAACGAGCGCCGUCGACGAGCGCCAUCUAUGAACGGUUGCGGCAAAGCCGCGAUGCUAUCGAAGCCCACCGCAUGGCUAAAUUGACGUUCAGCGCCGAAAAUCUGGUGGAGAAAGCCAAACAGGAAAUACCAUACUACGCCUAUCGAUCGCACUUCACAGCGACGGCGAAUGCUGGAUUAUUAGACGAGAACGACCCGAUGGCUACGGCGUCAUCGCUUUUGAGUCAAGGAGGCAAAAGCCUUUUGCCUGGAAGGUCGGGCCCGAGUGGCCCAGUAGCGGAAUUGCAGCCGGAAACUGCCAGAGGAGGCAUUCCUCAACCUUCGCCUGCCAACCCAAACGCUGCAAGGCCCACCGAUCCCCGCUUCAAAUUAUUAGAAAUUAAUCCAGCCGAUUUCAUCAAAUAUCGAAGUGAAAGGCCGAAUGGAACGACACCUCCGGCUCAUCAAAUGGCCACGACCAAUGCAGGGGGGAUGACCACACCUACUGCUACUAGCGGAGGAGGACCAGGACCAGCGCCAGGUGGCGGAAGCGAAGAAGGUGUCAGCGGACUUCUAUGGAUUCACUUACUGGCCGGAAGAGGUCUACGCUCGACGUCGUCGCGAUUGGAACCCGUUCGUGACUUGUAUUGCGUGCUGGAAUGCGACCGGGCGCACAAAGCUCGGACAGUCAUCCGCUCGGGCGACAUAAACUUUGAUUGGGAUGAGACGUUCGAUUUGGAUCUGGUUGUCAACCGCGAGCUGGAUUUCCUAAUCUACUCGUGGGAUCCGCAGUUGAGGCACCGACUUUGCUUCAAGGGCUCGCUCCACUUGGUGCCUCUAGUCAGAGAAUCCACCAUUCACCAGGUGGCGUUGAAAGUAGAGCCUCGAGGUACUCUCUACCUGAAACUGCGUUACACGGAACCGAGGACGGCGUUCCGGCGAUCUCCGGCUGGCCGUAAAACUCCUCCGCCACUGUUUGGCGUCGAUCUGGAAUCGGUGGUGAAUCGUGAAGGAGGCAACAACGGUUCGGCGACAUCUAUGCUGACGGGUGGCAACGGUGGAGUGCCUAUCAUCGUCCAGAAAUGCGUCGAAGAAGUAGAACGACGCGGCAUGGACAUUGUCGGCCUUUACAGGCUCUGCGGUUCAGCAACCAAGAAACGAAUUUUACGUGAAGCCUUUGAGCGCAAUCCUCGACUUGUCGAUCUGUCACCUGACAGCGUUCCAGAUAUCAACGUCAUCACAGGAUUAUUGAAAGAAUAUCUGAGGGAGUUGCCGGAGCCUCUUUUGACUAAAUGCCUUUACCAGAUGCUGGUGGAUGCGUUAGCUGUUUGUCUUCCCGAUGAUCCGGAGGGCAAUGCCAAGCUGAUGUUCUCUAUUCUGGAGUGCCUGCCUAAAGGCAAUCGGACGACGCUGUUCCUAUUGAUGGACCACUUGUGUCUAGUAACGGCCCAAUCAGAUCGUAAUAAAAUGACUCCUCAAAACCUGGCCAUCUGUUUCGGACCGGUUCUGAUGCUACACUCGGAAGAUGGAUCGAAUCUAUCAUCCGCUUCCACGGGACUCGAUUUCCAAAAACCGAUUGGUGUUUUAAAAUAUUUGCUACAAAUUUGGCCGAUGAAGUCAGCUCGGGCAGUGGAAGCAGCGGCGACAGCCAGCUCGACGCUCCGACGCAUCCAGCAACAGCAGCUGCAGCUGCAGCAGCGAACAGCCUCGGUAGCAGCUCCACAGCAUCAGCAGCAGCAGCAGCAGCCGCAUCCGCAUCAGCAUCAGCCUCCUCAAGUGCCAUCGGUGGUCCCGUCGGAUCCACCAACCCCCUCCACUUCCUCCACAGCCUCCACCAGCAGCAGCAUCAUCAUCAACAACACUUCGGCAGCGGUGGCGUCAGUGGCACAAGUGGGUCCCACAAUCAAUUCGGUCCAUCUUCUAUCAACCGGCCAUCGGGUUGCUGAUCGCAGGCUAGACCUUCCGCCUUUGCCACCCAGGCCGGCUCCCAAGGUUUUGCAGUCAAGAGCCGUGGGUGGAGCAGGAGGAGCGAGAGGUAAUAGUCAAAACAGCAAUAGUGUGAAAUCGCCACGUGCCUCAGGUCCUCCAUCCGCAGACGCCAUCGCGCGGGGCGAAGCCGACGGCUCGCCUGCGCCUCUUUCUACCGAUUCAGCAGCCGGAGCUGGAUCGGAAACACCGUCGCUGACCUCGCCAACGUCGACCACAUCAACGACGACAUCUCUUAGUCCGGUUCAACAUCAGCAGCAACAGAUGUCCAGGGCGGAGGCGCAUCGCGGACGAACUGGCUUACCCCGCAAAGAUCUGGACAGCGAAGACGAGCUGGAGAGUAAUCGUCCCAUGAUGGGCGGGGCCAGAAUGCUCAGCCACAAAGACGAUCCGUCAGCCGGUGCUGGCUGUGUCACCGCCGAUGACACUGACCAGGGCGAAUCUGAUCUAGAGAGUCCGAAUUGACAUAGACAAAACAAUCUGAUCCAGCGGAAUAAGGCCUAAGAAAACAAAGACAAACGGACCAAUCAAUCAUCUAUUUCUACCCUUCCCUCCGUUUCACAGACACCCCCUCUCCCUACCCCUCUGCUCGCGUACAGAGGCGCACUGCAUAUAGGUUUGGCGUGUCAGUCUCAGGGCUGGUUCUGUUCAGUAUUCGUCACAGUCUUAAUCAAUGUUUUCCCGCUUUUGGUGUUUGAACGACUCAAAAAACCCAAUGGCGCCACACUGUCACCGCGUGUCAGUGACAGUGAAUGAUCACAGUAAUAAUCGAGUAUUUAUUUAGGUAUACACAGCAGAAUUCGAAUCAGAUGGAUCUGAAUUUUGAUAGUUGUUUGGUUUUUUCUUGCGUUUCCCAUUUGUUGACGUCAAUGUUUCUUCUCAUCAAUCAGCACGAAGCUUUUCUUGGACCGUCCCGUUUUCCUACCACUUUGUAUCCUGAUCGUUGUUUUCUACUUCCACUUCUACAUCUCUAUCAGUCAGACUUAAAAUGGAUUAGGUGUUGCAAUUUAAUAAUUCAUAUCGAAUCAUGAUUUUCUUUUUUCUUUCAUUUUCAUUGGAAAUUUUUCUAUGAAUUUCCUUAUUUAUUGGACAUUGUUUUCAAACUGCCAUUUUAUCACCAAGAAAAUCAAAUGGAUUUAUCGCUCCGAUUCAGUUGUUUCGCUGUCUGUGUUUCACGUCGUUUCGGACAUUAUGCAACCACUCACUGCCAGGUUCGUUCCUCUAUAUACUGUGCGGAAAAUGUUAUUUGAUCUCUAAACAAACAAAAAAUAAUAAUUAAAAAAUAAAUAAAUAAAUAAAAAUAAUACAAGAAAAAAAAUAAAAAGAGAAGGGAAGAAAGAUAGUAAGAAGGAAAAAAAAAAAUAUGUUGUUUCUCAACGGCGUGACUCUCACAAUGAAUCAUAUUUCUUAUUUUUCGUUACCUUCCAUACCGACUUAUCUAGCAGUAUUAGUUUUUACAUCAUAACAUUUCUUUCUGUUACAUUUUUUGAAGGAACAAAAAAUCCCGCUGAAACUGUGUGCCAUCUUUCUCCCUCGUGUUGAAAUUGACGUUUUAUCAAAAAAGAAAUUUAAAUGAUUGGAUUCUUUGUUUCUUUUCGAUGGAAGUAAGACACUUGAUUGAACUAGUAUGUGAAUAAUUGCCGAUUGCUGAUCUCAUUUUAUGACUGGUCUCACAAACAAAAAAUUGGUUUCUCGUGUCUGUUUUCUUUUCUGGUGGUUGGCGUCGGAGCCAAACCAACAGACGCUAUUUAUUUAAGAACUUUUUGUAAAUGAAAGAUGUGUCAGACUCGGAAGUUCUUUACAACCUGGUUUCACAUUAGGCCUGUUCAUUCUUUUUUAUUAUUUUUAUUUUAAGAAAAUUACUUGUCACGCAUUCGCACUUUAUGUGUUUGUUGAAUUGAUUGGGUUAUCGAAAUAGAAAGUACUGAUCUCGA